CUCUUCUUUCGUUUUGUUAUCAGUUUUUUUUUUUUUUUUUUUUGUGGGAGAAUGAAUAUGUAUGCUCCGUUUGAAACAGAAACAAAAAAAAAGAGAUUUUUUAUUGAAUACGACGGUGAUUUCAGUGGACCGACGAUUACGAAUCAAAUCAUGGUUGGAUCACCUGUGGAUAAACCGCGUAUAUUACUGAUGGGAUUACCAAGGAGUGGCAAAUCUAGUAUACAAAGAGUGGUAUUUGGUAAGAUGCCACCGCAAGAUACGAUACUUUUAGAGCAAACGGUUAAAAUUCAAAAAGAAGAUGUAACGCGGUCGUUUAUCGAUUUUCAAAUUUGGGAUUUUCCGGGACAGGUGGAUUUCUUUGAUGGAUCAGCGUAUGAUGCCAAAGAGAUUUUUGAUACGGUGGGAUCUUUGGUGUUUGUGAUUGAUGCACAAGAUGAUUAUUCGUACGCUUUACAUCGGUUGCAGUACACGAUUAUCAAGGCCUACGAGGUUAAUCCCAGUAUCACGUUUGAGAUUUUGAUCCAUAAAGUGGAUGGACUCUCCGAUGAUUAUAAAGAUGAUGUCAAGAUUGAUAUCGUCCGAAAGAUGCAAGAGUAUUUGAAAGAUAUGGAUCAAGAGCAAAAUAUCACCUUGCUUUAUCAUCUCACCAGUAUUUACGAUAAUUCAAUCUAUGAAGCCUUCAGCAAAAUUAUUCAAAAGCUCAUUCGAGAAUUACCCACACUAGAAAAUCUUUUGAAUGUACUAAGGACUAAUUCCGGAUUGGAAAAGGCGUAUUUAUUUGAUACAUUGACUAAAAUUUAUAUUGCAACGGACAGCACCCCAGUGGAAAUGGACUCUUAUGAAUUAUGCUCUGACAUGAUUGAUGUCGUACUCGAUAUUGAGUGUAUCUAUGGACCUCAAAGUGGAUGCGGUCCUUAUGGGAAAGAAACGUAUGACGAAUCGACCCUACACGACUUGGAAAUUGGCUGUCAUAAUGGAACGAGUCGUGAGGAAGGAGAAACGUGUCAUUCUUUCAGUUCAGACAUAGAGGCAUCCAGUAUUAUUAAAUUGAAUAAUGGGGAUGUGUUAUACAUGAAGGAAAUUAAUAGCUUACUAGCGCUGAUAUGUAUGAUUCGAGGUGACAAUUUCAAGAAACACGGUUUAAUUGAUUAUAAUUUUCAGUGUUUCACGUCUGCUGUUACCGAACUGUUUAAAUUCUCACAAAAGAAAAAUCUCCAAAAUAAUCAUUAACAAAAAAUCUCAUAACAUGCUCAAAAUAACUAAAUAAAAAAUUACUCUAUUGCUCUUUAA